AUGAGUGGGGAGCCCGUGUCCCUGGGCGCGCUGUCGCCCCAGGAGCUGAUGGAGGUGCGGCAGUCGCUGGAGACGGAGCUACGGACGAUGCAGCAGAAUGGCGUCACGCUGCAGUCAACGGCGGGGAAGUUUGCGGCGGCGGGGCAGGCAGUCGAGUACCUGCAGGACCAAAAGCAGGGCCAGCCCGUGCUGCUGCCGCUCACCGAGUCCCUGUAUGUGUCAGGCACGCUGGAGAGCGUAGACUCAGUACUUCUAGAAGCAGGCACUGGAUACUAUGUGGAGCGCGACGUCCCCGGAGGCAUCGACUACUGCCGCCGCAAGGUGCUGCUGGUGCGCGACAAGAUGGAGCAGCUGGGGCAGCUGGUCAAGGAGCGGCAGGCGAUGCUGGGCCAGGUGGAGGCGGUGCUGGAGCACAAGCUGGGGGAGCAGCAGCAGGCGGCGGCGGCGCAGCAGCGGGCCGCGGCGCAGCCGGUGGGGCCCGCCGUGGCGGGGCAGCAAAAGUAG